GAUGUCGGCCUCACAACACAAAAUAUCGCGUCCGCACCCACUCUCAGCACACCCACCCUGCGCUUCCUGACGACUGUUGAUACCGCAAGAAUGCCUCUGUAUCUUGCCGCCGGCCCCAGCCUAGAUGUAUGGACAACGGAAGAAAGUACACAGGCCUGGUUCGAGUCACUCUUGCUUAGCAACCCCGCAACACUAUCAGAUACGCCCGGCCAGACUGCAAACGAAUGGUGGAAGCUUGCACGCUCACAAUCACCCAUUGGCAUAUUAGCCCAGGUUCAGGAUGUAGCAGAGGAUGCCCAGAAGCCCAGAGUGACCGAGAUUCUUUUCUACGGGACCAUCGCUAUACAUGCCAUUGGCGGGUUACCCACACCACCUUUGUCUUCGUCAUCCAUAGAAAAUAUCUCAGGCGAACAGCUCCCUGAGCUCAGAGUACACGCAACACCCCUUUCUUCUGAUCUGUUGCACCGCAGUAGCAUCAGCCUCCCGCUCGACGAUGACGCCCAUUUCCUGCCCCCGCUGCACAACGCCCAUGGCCCUCCAAAGUCCCCAAAGAAACAUCGGGAUAUCUUUGAGGAGGCUACAAUAGCAAACAAGAAGGCCAGAGGGAGUGGUGGGAGAGCUGUCUCGGCUGCAGCUGCUCGGGGUAGCGAGUCCCAGCAGCCUUAUACCCACCGGAAAUCGUCGCUAUCCAUCGACAAAAGGGCCUCGCCAUUCACAGACUCGAGACCACAGUCUGCCUCUGGAGCCCUUCCGCACCCCAGCUCUCGUCCGCACUCUCGAUCACCAAGCAUCUCCUCAGACACAAGGCCAUUGAGCCGCAAAGGUCAGCCUGAAGCCCAUGCGAGGCGAUCAAACCUUUCUCAGGUCGCCACUAUACCUAUACAGCCAGAAGAGCCGACAACAGAGUCACGCAACAAGGAUGCACUGGUAAAAGUGGUCAUGGCAGCAAUGCGCAUGCAUGGGCUGCAGCAGCGAAAGCCAAACAAGUCUCGUCGGGCAUCGUUGGCUGUUGGCGGCGAAGAAAGCGAGCGGCUGAGCGAAGAGGCAAUCGCAGAGGCAGCCAAAGACGAUGAGUACAAGUUGAUUUAUCAUCAAACCUACAAAGGGGCAGCAUUGGCCUUGAGAAAGCACAUGUCGGAGAAGCCGCUGCAUGUCCAACCGGACCGAAUGCGCGAUGUUGUCGAGAAGCUGCUGACAAUAUUCCUGUCUGAUCCGCUUGCAGAACCGCCACCUGCGGAUGUACCCGCGAACCCAGUAGCCACACCGGGUAGUAAAUCGCGGCCCGGCCUUCCUGGGUCCACACACAGCCAUGCAAGUCCGUUUGACCUGCCCAGCACAUCUCGACCGUCGAUGAUGCGAUCAGUCACCGACAGUCACAUAUAUACGGGGUCGCCCAUCAGCAAGAAAAGGGGUACCAUGAAUCAGCCACCGCCAAAGUAA